ACUCGGCCGAGCGGGUGGUGCAGCGGUUUGAGGCACCUGGUGUGUCCAACUACACAGCCCUGCUGCUGAGCCCGGACGGUGGGACCCUCUACCUGGGGGCGCAGGAGCUGCUCCUCGCCCUCAACACCAGCCACUUCCAGCCUGGCGCCCCAGCUCGCAGGCUGCUAUGGAGGGCAGAUGAGGAGAAGAAGAGGCAGUGUGUGUUCAAAGGCAAGGACCCCCAGAGGGACUGUCACAACUACAUCAAGCUGCUGCUGCGGCUGAACAGCACCCACCUUUACACCUGUGGUACCUGUGCCUUCAGCCCGGCCUGCACCUACAUCAACGUGCAGGACUUCAGCCUGGAGAGGGACGCAUCGGGGAAGGUGCUGCUGGAGGAUGGGAAGGGACGCUGCCCCUUCGACCCUGAGUACCGCUCCACGGCAGUCAUGGUUGAUGGUGAACUCUACGCUGGGACUGUCAGCAACUUCCAAGGCAACGAACCAACCAUCUCCCGCAGCCAGGAGAGCCGCAUCGCCCUCAAGACUGAGAACUCCCUCAACUGGCUUCAGGACCCGGUGUUCGUGGGCUCAGCCUACCUACGGGAGAGCUUCCCUGCUGGCAACCCUGAGGGUGAUGAUGACAAGGUCUACUUCUUCUUCAGCGAGACUGGGAAAGAAUUUGACUACUUUGAGAACACCAUCGUCUCCCGCAUCGCACGUGUGUGCAAGGGGGACCAGGGCGGGGAGCGUGUGCUGCAGCGACGGUGGACAACCUUCCUGAAGGCACAGCUGCUCUGCUCACACCCUGAAGAUGGCUUCCCCUUCAACGUGCUGCAAGACAUCUUUGUGCUCACCCCGGGUGAGCAGCGCUGGAGGGAGACGCUUUUCUAUGGCGUCUUCACCUCACAGUGGAACAAGGGUGGGUUGGGCAGCUCAGCUGUCUGCGCCUUCCCCAUGCGCAGUGUGCAGCGCGCCUUUGGCGGGCUCUACAAGGAGGUGAACCGCGAGACACAGCAGUGGUACACAGACACUGGCCCCGUGCCAGAGCCCCGACCGGGCACGUGCAUCACCAGCCACACACGGCACCUGAAGAUCAACUCCUCACUGCAGAUGCCGGACCGGGUGCUGAACUUUAUCAAGGACCACUUCCUGAUGGACAGCCCUGUGCGCAGCCAGCCACUGCUGCUGCAGAGCCGCUGGCGCUACCAGCAGAUCGGUGUGCACCGCGCACAGGGCUUGCACGGCACCUACGACGUCCUCUUCCUGGGCACAGAUGAUGGGCGGCUGCACAAGGCUGUGCGGGUGAAUCAUGGCGUCCACAUCAUUGAGGAGAUCCGCCUUUUCGCUGCUGGGCAGCCCGUUCUGCAGCUGCUGCUGGACCAGGACCAGGGCCUUGUUUACGCAGCCAGCUACACAGUGGUGGCCCAGGUGCCCUUGGUCGCCCCGCACGCCCCGGCACACCCCCGGCUCUGGGUGCAGGACAUCGAGGAUGCUAACACAGAGCGGCUUUGCCAGCUGGUCAACACCUCCCAGCCCCGUCCCCGCAUCUUUCUGACCCCAGCCUCAGGCAUCCCAUGCCAGCAAAUCCAGCUGCCUCCCAAUGCGGUGCGGCCACUGCCAUGCCAGCUGCUCUCCAACCUGGCCUCGCGGCUCUGGUUGCACGAUGGGGCACCUGUCAACGCCUCCUACCUGGUGCUGCCUGAUGGGGCCCUCAUCCUGGUGGGCAGCCCCGAGCGUGCGGGCACCUACGAGUGCUGGUCGCUGGAGGAGGGAUUCCGCAAGCUGAUGGCCAGCUACUGCGUGGAUGUGCAGGAGCCAGCCCAUGGGCCGCUGAACCCUGGCAGGAAGGUGUCUGCCAGCCACGAUGCCCUGGAGACGGUCAGCACAUCCCGGAGCACCUCAGCAGUGGGCAGCGCUGUGGCUCAGCUGGAUGGCAAGACUUACUGGACUGAGUUCCUGGUGAUGUGUGUGCUCUUCGCUGCUGCUGUCAUCGCGCUGGCCCUCUUUGUCCUGCACCGGCACCGUGACGGCAUGAAGGCCCUACUGGAGCCUGGUGACCCCAGCCGGCCCCAGAAGCCGCCCCGCAAGCCAGUGGAGAGCCUUCCCCUGAAUGGCAGCAACCUGCCCACUGCAGCUUCCGAGCACAAGGGCUACCAGGCCCUGCAGGACAACUACAUUGUCAGCACCCCCGUGCACCCGCGCGCCUUCUCUGAGUCGGAGAAGAGGCCCCUCCACAUCCAGGACAGCUUUGUGGAGGUGUCUCCUGUCUGCCAAAGACCCCGGGUGCGCCUGGGACUGUUCCAGCCCAGCGUUCCCACCACGGAGAUGGACAUGGCACCUGGCUCGGGCUGCUGGUGCAGCCCCAGUUCUCUGGGGCCCUAA